AUGUCUCAUAAUGAAGCUUCAACCAACACGAUGCUGCUUCUAGAUCUACCAGCCAACGUCCUUGCAAACAUCAUUAGCUACCUACCCCAGCAAUCCCUCAUCAAUCUAGCAACCACCAACUAUGCAUUCUAUCGUCCAUGCUUGCGCAAGUUGUACUCACACAUUGUGGUCUCCGAGGCUCCCCCAUUGAGAAGCGGUACAAGCAGUGACGUGCAAAAAAAGAACAAAAAAAAACAAGAUCCUCCAGGUUCAAGAAAGGAGGACUUUCAAGAUAGUACGCAAACGGUGAUUUAUGGGUUUCGCAGCCGCCGCUAUGCAAAGCUCAAUUUGCAAAUGAUUUAUGCUCGGUUAGUGGUAUUGCUACAAGCUUUAGAAAUCAAUCAGGAAUUGAUUGGCUUUGUCAAGAAAAUCCACGUCUUUGGCAAACUCAACAGAGAGAUCUUUGACGUGGUGCGGCGCUUGAGCACCAAAUUUGUGCGAUUGGACUGUUUUUACAUAGAACACCAGGACGAAGACGACCCCAUCGACACAAGACAUCUUGACCCUACGUCCCACUACAUGCGGGACCUAGAUUUAGAAGUUGCGCGCGGACGAAUCACGGAGUUGACAAUCGCGAUCCCCGCAGUUCCCGAGGGCUUGGCGUGGCUUGACAGCAUCACUUCGUUGAGUUUCGGCGACAACCCUGUGAUGACGCUGUGGUGGAUAAAUGGAUACGUCGAGCGCAAACUACCUCCUUUCAAACUGCUUCGAAAAUUCAGGUGGGUUUUCCAUCCGGCAUUGUUUGAUGCCCCAACAGGUUUUUUGAAAUUGAUUCCCUGGGAGCAAUUGCAGCAGUUGGAGCUAGUUUUCUCAUACGAUGAGCACGCAUUGGAGGAUUACUUGACGGAAUGCUGGAGCAUGAUCCCCGAGUCGUCAUUGCCCUGUUUGCAAAAAUUGUCCAUCAAGCAAGGGGCAGUGUAUCCGACACACGCAGCCAACGAGAUGUACGAUUUGAUGAUGUUCAAGUUCUUGACCCACGUUGCGUCUAAUUUGCAGUAUCUAUCCAUACGACACGCAUUGCCGCCUUUGGGCAACUUCUCAGAUGGCGUCGAGGGGAAUUACCGUCGUCGGUACGAGAUGUACAUUAAAGUGCUCCCAAAGAUUAUCACGCGCUCGUCCACAGCCAACGAUUUCAUCUUGAGCUUGCCCAAUUUGUUCCAAACGUUUGCUUGCUACGAACAGUACAUGAACACGGUGUUGUACAAUGGCUGUAAAUGUGAAUACUGCAACUACUACUUGAGCAAAUUGGACAAGUUCCUUAUGCACCACAAGUACUACGACCACUCCACCAACCGAUACAAAGACAUGAACGCUUCCCACUUGUUCUCGGCGAUUGGACGCAAUCUAAGCAAACGCAUGGAUCAGGAUAAGAUGGUGCCGCAAUUGGAUAUGCUUUCGUAUCCGCUCUGGGACGAUGCGUGGGACUUCCAUAAAGUCGACGAAGAUGCUGCCACUGUUGGCGCUGGCGGCGCUGAUCUUCAGCUAUUGAAACCGUUCAAGUGCUACGAUGAAGAAGUGAUCGACCAGGGUGAAUACGAUGAGGAUCCAACUGACCAAGAGGCAACGGAUAUUUCUCCCAAUUGCGAGUUUGGAAGCGAGUUGUAUCUGAAGAUCCCCAAGUGUAUUGGUCAUUACACGAAUGAUAUGAUUCAAGAGAUUCUCAACUUGCAUCGUGGAAACGCGGAGCAAAGAGUGGACGAACAAGAAGACGGGGAAACCAUUGGCAACGGCGACAACAACAAAACUGAAGCUAACUUUGACCAUUUCAAGGACGGCGGAGAUUCGGACACUACGCACAGGUUCAACAUAAGAAGAAUAUACAUCAAUGGGAUUGUUUACAAUAUCGGCUCGGAGUUGAAUGGAACUCACUACUAUGUAAAUGUGUAUGAUGAUGAUGAUGAAUGA